CAUACCGGAAGUAAACAAACCAGCUGUUCUGGUCGAGGCCUCACGUGGGGAAUCACGUCGCGCAGGUGUGACGUCUCUCCGGCACGCAUGAACUCCAUGUCUCUUCCCGAGGGUGUGAAGCCAGGCGGUAACCUCCGCGGCGCCAUGGCUGAGCUGUUGGGACAGAAGAGCCUGUUGGGCUUCGGUGUGCUGUUGGCCUGGCUGGUUCUGUUCCACCUGCUGGUCAACAUCUGGCUGCUGUGCGUGUUCACCAGCCUGCUGGUGGUGCUGGGCGGCUGGCUCGGCUCGCAGGCCGUCCUGGAGUCCAACAGCGUGGUUCACCUGGAGAGGUUUAUCACCCUGGAGGAGGUUAAGCCGUCUGUGGAGGAUGAGCGUCACCUGGACCAGGAGAUCCACAACACAGUGAGGAAAAUCAUCAGGGACUUUGUCACCUCGUGGUUCUCCACCGUGUCCUCCGAGAGUGGUUUUGAGACGGAGGUUCAAGAGGCCAUGAUCUCGAUGGCCAUGGAGCUGAAGAUCCGCUCGAGACAGCUGAACAGGAAGGAGCUGACCCAGAGGAUCCUGGAUCUGUUCGGCUGCCACCUGCAGGACUUCAUCAGAGCCAAGGAGCUGGUGUCGGAGCAGCCGAAGCCUCCGACGAAGAUGUGGAGCGGCGAAAGCGAGCAGCUUUGGCGGGCGUACUCCACGGUCACCACGCCUCAUCUCGCCACGACCGACGACGCGGUGCAGCUCAACUACACCAGAGCGGUCGUGGACUUGCUGCUGCACGUUUUGGUGCCGCCGCCUCACUUGGAGAGCCGCACGGGACGGUUCGUCGUCGGCGAGCUCAUCACCUGCAACGUCCUGCUGCCGCUCAUCGCCAAACUGUCCGACCCCGACUGGUUGAACUUUCUGGUGAUCGAGAUACUCGGCAAGUCCCGCAAACCGCAGGAACCGGUUGCGAAAGAGCCGCCGGCUUCGCUGCCGUCGUCGCUGCUAUCUCCGCCACCUUCAUCGCCGCCUGCUGAAUCAGAGCUCACUCCACUACAAGAGGCUCAAACACCUCAGAGGGAUAGGGAAAUGGUCGGCGACGCAGGAACGCCCGAGCUCACCGCCUACGAUGUGAUCGACUCCGAGGAGGCGGACUGUCCGCAGAGCAACGCCGAAGAAGAAGAACCAGCUCUUUCAUUUCUACGGCAUUACAUUAGAGGCAGCAAGUUGAACCCGUUUUACCAGGAAAAUGACUCGGACCUGGAUUCUCCUUCAGGCGACUACAAACGAGGCUCCAUUGAUUCCCUCGUCAUGAUCGGCCAGGACGAUGGCCUCUACGGCCGACGGAAGGAACAUCCCGCUUCUGUCGACGACAACAACGGCGUGGACCUGGAGGAUGUCUUCCCCAGCCCAGUUGACAACUCUUGUCCAAAAGUCCUGGUGAAUUCAGAGCCACUGGGGCAUCCCAACGGCUGCGACCUCUCUUCACUGAGGACACCGGCGGGGACUCCUAAUAACGGAGGCCUCCAGGACCUGGAGAGGGACGGUUUCCCCCCAGUGAACACGUCCAGGGAGCUGCUUCUGGGGGUAGAACAGAACGAGCUGACGGUGAACACUCCGUUGCAGGGCUCCUCUUCUCCGCUGCAGACGUUCAGCUUCGAGCCGCUCAUCAGCCCCGACGGACCGGUCAUCAUCCAGAACCUCCGCAUCACUGGCACCAUCACCGCUAAGGAGCACCGCGGCACCGGCUCGCACCCCUACACCCUCUACACCAUCAAAUACGAGACAGCGAUGGGCUGUGAGACCCCAGGAGGCCUCCAGCCGGGGUCUGAGGAGGCUGAGGUCGCACUGUCAGGGUGUGAGAAUCCAACGCCCGCCCAGCAGGUAGCCUAUCACAUGGUCAACAGACGAUACAGCGAGUUCCUCAACCUGCAAACCCGGCUGGAAGAAAAAAACGAACUACGGAGGCUCAUCAAAGGUGUUAAAGGUCCAAAGAAAGUGUUUCCAGAGAUGCCGUUUGGAAACAUGGACAGUGACAAGAUCGAGGCCAGGAAAGGACUUCUGGAGACCUUUCUCAAGCAACUCUGUUCCGUCCCUGAAGUGGCCAACAGUGAAGAGAUGCAGGAGUUUCUGGCUCUCAAUACCGACGCCAGGAUCGCAUUCGUCAAGAAACCUUUCAAUGUGUCUCGCAUAGACAAGUUCGUGGUGAACGCCAUCGUGGACACCCUGAAGACGGCGUUUCCUCGCUCAGAACCUCAGAGCCCAACAGAUGACAAUGACGCAGAGAUGGAUGGAGGGAAAAUAUCUUCUGACAAGAAGAGCAAGUCUCGUCUGAAGUUCUCCAGUAAAAACAUCCCCUUCAUGAACGGCUCGGACAUUAGACCGCCGGUUCUGUUCAGCUCGGAGCAAACCAGCACAGUGUUUAACGGGAUGUCGUUUGGAGAUUUGCAAGCCUUCAUCACUGAACAAGAGAAACUGUCCAUCCGAGUGGAGUCAGAGAGGGAGGACAGUCCAGUGAUGAGAGAAUUCGGAGGCUAUCUGGACGACGGCUUGAGGGGAAAGAACAGACAGGAACCUGCAUCUGAGACGGCGCUGGCUGAGGUGGCUCUGAACAUCCUGUGUCUGCUGAUGAAGGAGCAGUGGAGCUGGCUGUGCACAGAAAACAUCCAGAGGACCAUCAGGCUGCUGUUUGGGACCUUUAUUAACAGAUGGCUGGAUGUGAGCGUAGCCAACCUGACGUGCACUUCGUACUGGGUGGUGUACCUGCAGGUCAUCCAAGAGUCCGUGUGGCCGGGAGGAGCUCUGCCGACGGCACCACGACUUGAGCGCAGCCGGCAGGAGAAGGACGGUACCAGGCAACAAGCCUUACAGUGUCUGAUGAGACUCCUACCAGAUCUGAUCUCAGACCUGUUGGGCUCAGACAAGUACAAACUCUGCUGGCAGACAGCACUGGACUCUCUUCAAGACCCCUACAUUAACAGACAUCUGGUCUACUGCAUAUUUGACCUUCUGCUGGAGUUCCUGGUUCCUGAAAUACCCGAGGAGGACUUCCAGAGGAGCCUGUUGAGAACUCUCUCCAAGAACCCAGAGAAGCUGCUGGCGUGAGGAGAAAAAAACAACCCAUCUGUAGUUGCUCCUGUUGUACUAAUGUCCUGCGAUGAGAGUGUGAGUGAGUGUUUCAGGUGAGGCCCGUCGGUCCACACUUUAAACUCCUGAGGCCUGUCUUUAGCUACGUGUUGAAGCAGCUUUGAUUCCACCAGAGCACCUGGUUUGUGUUUGAUCCUAGAACGUGGCGGGUUGGCUCUCAACAUGUGGCAAAGCCCUGAAAGAUCUCCACACCAGCCUCUCUCUUCCUGCUCGCUAAACUCUCCGGCUUUAACCAAACUCACUUCAGAUGCUCUUUGCUCUUUGCCCUCAUCUCCUCUCGCAGUUUCUGGGUAGAAAAAAACAAAACACACCUGUUGCUCUAAUCUAGAAAAACAGGAUUUGCUUUAACUUAAAUCCCCAAAUGCUCUGUUGGGAUUUGAGCUUCUCUGUCUGUAUUCUCUGUUGAGCCGUUCUUCAAUAUCCCACAUGUGAUUCUGACAUAAUGUGAGCUGUACUUCCUAAAUCUGAGCCCUCCUCAGGGGAUCGUAUGUAUCUGGCUUUUUUAUUUUUACCUGCAUAUGUCCAGGUUCAGGAAAAGUACAUGCUGUAGUGUAGUGUGGUGACGAGUUGGUGUUUUACUGGAUCCUUUAACAGAUCCCUUUUGGAAUUAUCUGUACAGUUAAUGUCUAAAUCACCAAAAAAAUGGGGUCCACAUAAACAUGUAUAUGAAGAUUAGUGACGUAGACAGUGAACUGCCGGAGUCUUACUCACUUUUAGUGGUAUCUAUCCUUACAGUCCAGACUGCAACGUCCUCGUUACUCUUAAAAAUCCCUAACUGUAGACAUUUACACUAGAACUACUUUUGCUGAUAAAAUAGUCCCCCUGAAAACAGCUGACACAGCAGAUAUUUAUACACAAAGUAGGAAACUUAUAAUGGAUCUGUUCUCAUACAGAGUGAGUAGCUAAACCUAUGUAAAUAUUAAUGUGCUGUAAUUCCUAGAUAUCCCACAAAAUCUAUUAUUUUGUAAUUCACGUAAUCAUGAACCAGGAAGUAUAAAGACCACAAAAUCCACACAGGAUGGUUUAGCCCAAACUAUGAUAUUUUCCUAAACCCUACUAAGUAUUUCAAGAUCUUCUAAGAAAACAUAACGAAGUUGUUUCCUGUAAAGACUUUUGUAGGAAAAUGUACAAAAGGUUUUUUGAGUUUUUCCUCAUCAUUUUCUUCUCCACUUGAUUUUCACAAAUUAAGUAAUUCGUUUCCUCAGAAACCAUCUGAAAAGAGUUGAAGUCGUAGCCCAACGAAGUCUACAGGCAUUUGAUUUGAAACAUAUUGUUAAAGUUGUUUUUUUUGCACUUUGAAAAAUCUGCCUUCAUGGUGGAAAAACUCAACAAUCAGCGCUUGAUUCCCAGUCAGAUAAAGAUAACAAAUAGAAAACUGGUCCAAAGUUUGUUCCUUUGUCUUAAUAACAGGGUAACUGUAACGUCUUAACACAGACUGUCUUUAAAAAACAGCUAAUUUAAUCUUCAUUAGCAGCUGGCCAGAAUGACAUCCAGAAUAAAUCAGUUUCUUAACAUUUUAAAGGCGCUAAAUUUGAAAUUUUGCACAUUAAUUUGGCAGCAAACAUUUAUUAUCUAUGUAAAGAGAUAUUGGAAUAAUAUCUACCUGAGCAGAGAAUGAAAUCUUAUUAUAAGAGCAUCUCUAUGGGAUUACAGCUGAUUACGGCAUUGCCUGUUAGCUCUGUCAGCGCUGUUAGCAAAUGUUGGCACUGUUAGCUUCUAGCUGCCGGAGAUUCAUUUGGAAUUUAGCACCUUUAAAGUUCUAAAACUUGGAGAAAAUUAUGUGACUCAUAAUCCUGCAUUCCUUUGCAUUAAUUGUUUGGGGAGUAUGGAGUCCAUGUUGUAUUGAGAUUAAGAAAUUCCAUAUUUUCCCAUUUAAAAUGUAUUAAAUAUGUCUCCCGUGUCUGAAUCUGCAUAUUCCGUUAAUUCAUGUUGGGAUUCUGAUGUUACAAAAAGUUACAUUCCAAUUUGUACGUAAAAGAAAAAAUAAGUUUAUGUUUCUGACAUUCCAGUGUUUUGCACUUAUAUCCUGGAUUAGUGGUCUCCUUUAAAAAAAAUUCCAUUUCCAUUGUGUUAACUUGUGAUUCUGUCUAUUUAUUAACCUAUUUAUUUGCUUGAUUUACUAAUUUAUCACAUUUUCAAAGUGUUUGUGCUGAAAAAUAUGAGCGUCCUUGUUAAUGAAGUGCUUUUUGACUGGAUUUUGCCUUAAUUAAUAGAUGACUUGAUGAAGUUUGGUCUGUUUGUUGUGCAGAAAUGCAGUCGCCUUAGUAGAACAUAAGCACCCAGCUCUCUGUAGUGAAAAUGUUUGAAGCUGUUACAGUUAUUUGUUGUGAAGAGAUUUUCUUUUGCUACCUUAUGCUGAUGAUGGAGUUCUAUGUGAAACAGAAAAACUCCACUUAUUCCUUCUCUGAUCUGUUGCAUGCUGCUGCCACCAAAACAUUAAAUAAUUACUCAGAAAAUCAUUACAACUACAACAUUUUCUUGCUUUAACAAAAUCCUUUUUACGUAAUAAGAUUUGUUUUCAGGUUAGAAUGGUGUACUUUUCUAGUCAUUGCUUAUCAUUUUAUUUUAUAACACAAAACAACAAAAUCUGUCAUUAAAACUUGAAUGUUUGUUGGUUUAUUGAGAGAGCCGACACUUACUACAAAUAUUAACAGUGAGUCGUAUUUUAUUGCAUUACAACCUGGAUAUUGAACAUUAAUCAGAAUGAGAAAAACCACCAAGUAGGAAAAAAAAAUCAAUAGCGUCAAUAAUGAGGUUUCUAUCCAAAUGUAGCUUAAAUUUUAACAGAAUUUUCAAAAAAUCUGCAAAGGAAAAUGGCUGUUUCCAUUCAGCACUGUUACACGAAAAAAGAAAAAAAAAAAAAGCAGUAUGUGGUGAUAAAUCUCCAGUCAGGUGCCAUUAAACCAUUUCAGAAUAAGAGGACCAAACAAGAUGAGUCUAUUAAAAUAGUGUGAGAAAAGGAAGGAAAUAUGUUUCUAGGAAAACACGAAAACACGAGGACCAAAGAUUAAAGUUUACUUUGCGUAACAUAUCGUACAAACCGUUGUAUAAUAUCCAACAAACUUUUAGUUUUUGUUUUAAUGAGACAUUUUGUGGUAAAAUAAAAGGUUUAUGCGGACGAUGUUUUAGCACAAAAAGUUCCUUGGAGAAAAAAAAGAUGUCGUAUGUAAUAAUAAGCACCUUGUAAUAAAACUAAGAGGAUUUCUUUAAAGCAAGAAAACUAAUUCAUUUAUACAUAUUGUUUUGUAAAAGGUAGCAGCAAUAUGCUUCUGCACUAAUGUGCUUUAGUCAAUGUUACAUUCAUUCAUUCAUAUUUAUGCACAAUGUUAAUUAGAGCAGCCAGUGUUUAAUGAAUCAAAGCUUUAGGCCUUUAUGUUUUAGAGCAUUAUACGACUUUGUUAGCUGUGACCUUUGAACUCUUGUUCAUCCUUUGUCUUCUUGUCUAUCAGACUCUGUCUCUGGUGGACAUGUUUACUUGUGUUGUGCAUGUUGACAUCGUGACAGCAGAUUGUUUCACAGUCUUCAUAAACAUUUGUUGAGCAUAUUUGCAAAAAAAAACCCACAAUAAAGUUA